GAUGGAGCAGAGAGUCUAGCGGAUGGGAGUAAAACUUCACGAAAAGAGGGGAUUUAUAUUAUAGCGGUCGCGCGCGGGAAGGCGGCCAGAAGCGCGAGGCGCCAACGUUUCAACGGACAAGCCACGGUCAUGGCGUGUCGGAGUCCCUGCCAGUGUCAGUUUGAAUCUUACUCACUCAAUUUAUCAGCAUCUGUGACCGUCGACUAUUAGCUGCAUUUCUCCACGAAAGGAUAGAUUUACAACUCUACAACGUGGUUGGCUUCAAAAGCCGUGGGAAUUUACAACUGAAAUGGGGUUUUGUUCACCACUAGGGAAGCCGACCGAGUUUCAAGGGAAUCUCUCAGUACGGUGCGCGGAGCACUUUCGUCCAUCCUCCUGCCUGGAGCGGUAGUCUCUUUCGGGCGGCACGGUUUCGUCAGCUACCAUACUCUCUUUAUCGAAGAUAGCGUUGCGGCACUUUAAUUACCUCAUUUUCUCUGCCAUUUUAUUAUGACCGACAUGCCAUCGAAAAAGCAAUACGAUUUAGUGUCGGAUGACGGCUAUGACAGCCGCAUACCCCUUCACAACGAGGAAGCUUUCGCCCAUGGAAUACAAUUCGGAGCCAAGUACAUCGGAACUUUAGAUGUACCCCGUCCAAGCAGUCGUGUUGAAAUAGUGGCGGCCAUGAGAAGAAUUCGGUAUGAAUUCAAGGCCAAGGCCAUCAAAAAGAAGAAGGUGACCUUGACUGUGUCAGUGGACGGGGUCAAGGUCGUGAUGAGGAAAAAGAAAAAGAAGUCACAGUGGCACUGGGACGAGAACAGGUUAUUAGUGAUGCAUCAUCCAAUCUACAGAAUAUUCUAUGUUUCCCAUGACUCUCAAGACUUGAAGAUCUGGAGCUACAUCGCCAGGGACGGCUCUACAAAUGUGUUCAAAUGCAACGUCUUCAAGGCUUACAAAAAGAAUCAGGCAAUGAGGAUCGUCAGAACCAUAGGACAGGCUUUCGAGGUUUGUCACAAGCUGAGCGUUCAAAACGCUGUGAACAGCAGCGAAAACGCGGAUGAUGACGGCAGCGACCAAUCAGAUGAGACUGACCAGAAAACCAAGAGUAAAGAAGUUUCAGAGAAGGAUAGCAAGGGGGAGAACUCUGUUGGAAGUCCUGCCAGCCAGAAAUCCAGUAUACCACCCACUGAAUUAGCAUUGAAACAAGCUCAACAACUGCUCCAGUCCAUGGAGCGAAAGCUCCGCUGUCCUGGGAGGAGAGACAAUAACUUCUCCCUUGGGGUCACCUGUAUUGCUAGGCGACUACGCACCCAAUCCGGAGCUACCCUCAGUUCUCAUCACCAAAUGCAGUUACUACGGCAACAGUUAGAACAACAACAACAGCAGACACAAGUGGCUAUUGCUCAGGUUCACCUGUUGAAGGAUCAGUUGGCAGCCGAGACAGCAGCGAGGAUUGAAGCACAGGCACGCGCGCAUCAGUUGUUGUUGCACAACCGUGACCUUCUGGACCACGUCUCUACACUCAUUACUCGCAUCCAGGAGUUAGAGAUGAAAGUCAAUGGCAUUUCCUCAUCCUCUGAUGUUCUCUUCCAGACUCCGCCGCAGGUGAGUCAUAAGAUCCCAGUUUUACCUGAUCCCACCACACCUCAGUCAGGCCCCGUGUAUCUCCCAGAAAUAUUCCGGACAGCGCCAUGUUUUGAGAACACAAAGACAGAUCUGGACACUGACUCCCCAGAUAGCGGCCACAAGGAAAUGUCCAGUGACAGUCUGUCAUGUAACCUGGCACAAAAUGAAAACCUUUCCUGGCAUUCGACGACUGUGAACAAUGGUAGUGGAACGAGUCAAGUGUCCAGUAAGGUGCUGUCAUCAGCAGAGUGUUCGCUGAAUGGUUUUUCACACCUCAGGCUCAAGGGAGACGACUGCAUAGCUCUCAGUUCGGGACGCCUGCUGGCUUGCCGAGCAGCACCUAUAAUCCUUUCUCUUAUUCUGGACCAAUCAGCAUCAAGCAAUAAUAACGACUUGGCCAAUUAUAACACACCUUUGAAUGCACAAGGCGGGAAAGAAGAUAAAGUUAAAAUCAUUACUCCAUUGCCGCCCCAAGAUGCCAGUGGGAACAGAAUUGAUCUUAACAUUCAUAACCGGACACCGAAAAUUGAACCUCCUCCAAAAAUCAAGCGUUCUGUUCGUCCAGUUCAUAUGAACCUUAGCAACAGCAAUGAAAAGACUGGCAUCCAUGAUGCAAAACGCGAAACAUUGCAAGUGACAGUGAUUACUAUUCCACCUACGCAGGAAAGCACGAGUUUCAGCGUCCAUUCGGAACUCCACCCCCGGUUUCGUGGGUCAGUUUUGUGUCGUGAGUUUGCACAUGGCAGAGAAAUGGUCCGUGCUCAGAACCAGAGCUUGAACAUCUUGCGAGAACAAAAUCCUAGUUUAGCGCAAAAGAGAGAUGCAAUGCAGGUAAACGAUUUAAGCGUGCAGCCGGGUAAAAAUUCAGUGAAAAACGUUAUGGAAACUAGAUUACAUAUUACGAGUCCGUCAGACGACGAAAAUACCGAAAACUCUGAGGAUUUGGGGUACCGUUGGCAUCCUUUGGCCUCGCCGAUUAGAUUCAAUGACUUUCGAUGA